GGGCGGCGCGGGCGGUUGUGGGAAAGGCGCAUGGCUUCCACUAAGAGAGUUUUGUAUGUCGGUGGGCUUGCAGAGGAGGUGGACGAGAGGGUGCUCCAUGCAGCCUUUAUUCCCUUUGGUGACAUCACAGAUAUCCAGAUCCCUCUGGACUAUGAGACAGAAAAGCAUCGUGGCUUCGCUUUCAUUGAAUUUGAACUGGCUGAGGAUGCCGCAGCAGCAAUCGACAACAUGAAUGAAUCCGAGCUCUUUGGAAGGACGAUUCGCGUCAACCUGGCCAAACCCAUGAGGAUUAAGGAAGGAUCCUCCCGGCCAGUCUGGUCAGAUGAUGACUGGUUGAAAAAGUUUUCUGGGAAGACACUUGACGAGAAUGUGGAGGAAGAAGGGGCAGAGCCUGCCAGAACAGAGGCCCAGGAGGGCGAGCCUCCGGCAAAGAAAACAAGGGUGAACCCUCAGGUUUACAUGGACAUCAAGAUUGGCAAUAAGCCUGCUGGCCGCAUAAACAUCCUCUUGAGAUCGGAUAUUGUACCCAUGACCACAGAGAACUUCCGCUGUCUGUGCACACAUGAGAAGGGAUUUGGCUUUAAGGGGAGCAGCUUCCAUCGUGUGAUCCCCCAGUUCAUGUGCCAAGCUGGCGACUUCACCAACCACAAUGGUACAGGGGGGAAAUCUAUCUACGGGAAGAAAUUUGAUGAUGAAAACUUCAUUCUGAAGCACACGGGGCCAGGCACACUGUCCAUGGCCAAUUCCGGCCCCAACACCAAUGGAUCUCAGUUCUUCAUCACUUGUGAUAAGACUGAUUGGUUGGAUGGGAAACACGUUGUGUUUGGAGAGGUCACGGAGGGGAUGGAUGUGGUGCGGCAGAUAGAGGCUCAAGGCGCCAAAGAUGGAAAACCAAAGCAAAAAGUGAUAAUCUCAGACUGUGGUGAAUAUGUGUGAAUUGUUGCGCGGGGGGGGGGGGGGGGGGGGGC